AAAAAGACGGGUUUAAAGGGUAAUUUGAUUGUUUCAGAAAAUUGAUAUGGGUUGUCAGAAUGGAUGUAAUAAAGAGAAGAAAUAUACAGGAGAAAGUGGUACAAAACCCUCUAAUAUAUGUGGACGAUGUAAAGAAAGAGAAUCGUCGUUUUUUUCUAAGUCAGAGGGCUUUUGUAGUGAGUGCUUUGUAAGUUAUAUAAAACGAAAGUUUCAUAAGACAUUAGAGUCUUUUUUUAAGGGGGAUAUAACUUUUAAGGGUAACAGGGCUUUAAUUGCGGUUUCUGGAGGAGCAUCACUAGCACUUAUAAAAUUUUUAUCAGAAAAGUCAGAUAAGGUUAAAUUUGGGGGAUAUUUUAGUAUGAUUGACUUUAUACAUGUUGAGGAAGAAUGUAUUGUGAAGGAAGUGUUAAGUCCGCUGUAUAUUUGUGAAAAAAUAAAAGAGAUGGUUCCAGGAUCAAUGUUUUUUUUGGUUAAUUUGAAGAAUUAUGUAUUUAACUCGGAUGAAAAUGUUAAAUUGAUAUGGGAUAAGAGAUCAGAUACGUUAUUAAGCUCUGGAAUAUCUAAAGAUACAUUUGAUUCAUUGGAUGAUCUUUUAUCUCCAUUAUCUUCUAUAACAUCACGUAUGGAUAUUAUGAAAUGUAUACGUAAUAAUAUUAUCUAUGAUUUUGCAAAGAAGAAUGGAUACAAUGUUAUUAUUUUUGGGGAUACAGUUUCUUCAAUUGCAUCUAAAAUUAUUUCAGAAAUAGCAAAAGGUCGAGGAUACUCUAUACCAUGGGAAACUCAAGGGAAAAUAAAACAUUUAUAUGAUAUAUGGUUAUUGAGACCAAUGAAAGAUAUUUUAAGACAAGAAGCAUAUUAUUUUUUAGAGAUCAGUGGGAUUCAAAAUAUAAAGAAGUUUUAUCAUAAAGCUACUACAAUAGAUGAAUUAGUGGAUCAAUAUUUUGAUGAUCUUGAGAAAAAUAAUCCUAGUUUUUUAUUUACUGUUGCUAAAACUUCAGCAAAACUUCAGGUUCCAGAAAUAAAAGAUACAAAAGAAUAUUCUAAUUCAAAAUUUUGUUUUAUAUGUCAAAUGCCAAAAGAAAAUAAUGUCAAUGAUUGGCUUAAAAAAAUAACAGUAAAUAAAACUGAUCUAAUAAAUGUUACCAAUAUCGAAAUAAAUAAGGAUUAUGAGAAUUAUGUUGAUAAAACAAAGGAUGUAUGUUAUGGAUGUUUUGUUAUGUUAAGAGGAUCUAAAAGUGAACUUAUUCUUCCGUAUUUUGAAAAAGGAAACAUUAAUUGUAUAAGAAACCCUAAAGAUGAAGUUUUAAGCAAAUAUCUUAUAGAAUAAAGCAAUAAUAAUCUUUAAAAUUUCUAAUACAUGCUAAUUUUAUAU